GGUUUGGUUUGUUUGAUGUUAUCAAAUCUCUUUUCCCUUUGUUCAGAUACUGAGGAUGCUAGUGAAACUGACUUGGCAAAGCAUGAUGAAGAGGACUAUGUAGAAAUGAAAGAACAGAUGUAUCAGGACAAACUGGCAUCUCUUAAGAGGCAGUUACAGCAAUUGCAGGAAGGUACUUUGCAAGAAUACCAAAAAAGAAUGAAAAAAUUGGAUCAGCAAUAUAAGGAACGGAUACGGAAUGCAGAACUUUUCCUCCAGCUGGAAACAGAGCAGGUAGAGAGAAACUAUAUCAAAGAGAAGAAGGCAGCAGUGAAAGAGUUUGAAGAUAAGAAGAUUGAGUUGAAGGAAAAUCUGAUUGCUGAAUUAGAAGAGAAGAAGAAGAUGAUUGAAAAUGAAAAGCUAACCAUGGAGCUAACAGGAGACUCCAUGGAAGUGAAGCCUAUUAUGACGAGGAAAUUGAGAAGGAGGCCAAAUGACCCAGUUCCGAUCCCAGAUAAGAGAAGGAAACCUGCCCCUGCCCAGUUAAAUUAUCUGCUGACAGAUGAACAGAUAAUGGAGGACCUGAGAACACUGAAUAAGCUUAAAUCACCCAAGAGACCAGCUUCUCCUUCGUCUCCAGAACACCUGCCAGCAACUCCUGCAGAAUCUCCAGCACAGCGGUUUGAGGCCCGGAUUGAGGAUGGCAAACUCUACUAUGAUAAAAGAUGGUACCACAAGAGCCAGGCUAUUUACCUGGAGUCGAAAGAGAAUGCUAAGAUCAGCUGUGUGAUCAGCUCAGUAGGAGCCAAUGAGAUUUGGGUGAGGAAGACCAGUGACAGCACAAAAAUGAGGAUCUAUCUAGGACAGCUACAGCGAGGGUUUUUUGUGAUCCGCCGGCGAUCAGCUGCAUGACUGUCGUACUUUCUUUCUUGAUCUUUUUUUAAAAGAACCCUCUUACAAGGAAUAACCGUCUAUCCACCCAGCCAUAGCAAGAGAGAAUGCUGUUAUGGCCUUCUGAAAGACAGUUUGUGGCUGGCCACAUCAUCCCAAUAGUCCUCAAGUCUAGUGACACAAGCUCUGCCCUGGAGCCCUGGACUACAAAGCUUCUCUGAGCUUUUUUCAUAUUUGAAGAGACUUUCUCAUCUUUAUAUCUUUGUACUGUGAAGCGUGUGUGUACAUUGAAAACAACAUAACUUAAGUUUUGAAUCAGGGAGGAAACUCCCCAGCCAUUUUUCUUAUCACAAGCUAAUUCUGGUUUUUCUGCAAAGCUCGGGGGGCUAAGCGGGAGGAAACUAAUCCAUCUAGCUUUCUCUGUAACAUGACAUCACUUCUGUUGGAUGUGCUGUUGAAAGAUUUGUCCAUGCAAUGAGAAUUUUUUUUAGGAAAGUGUGAAAAGUGUUCUUGGAAACGUGAUUUGCCAAUAUUUCAGUUGAUUUUAACAUGGCUAAACCCAGUCCUACUUGGUGAAUCCAAAGCUUCCUUUCUCUUCACAUUAAAAACCCUUCAGAUGAACAAACAGUGUGUGUCUAUACUGCUAUGCUGCACUACAUUUUCUUCAUAAAUGAGUGUAAACCAAAGGAUUAACUGAACUCUUCAUGAGGCAGUGAAAUUAGAUGAACAGCACAGUAUAAUCAUUGAUUUAUUAUUUUUUUUAACCUUUCAGUAUGUAAAUAUAAAUUCCUUGAAUUUGACUCAACUAAUGGGUCCUACUGGAACAGUUGAUGGGUAACACAUUUGUUGCUCUCAGAAGAGUCUGAUGCAAAAUUAAAAGCUGAAUUGCUGGGCCUUGACAGGGCAUAUGACGGAAACAUAAUACAAACAUUUCCCUUUCAAGGUUGUUUUAGUUAUUGGAAACCAUGAUGAGUGUCUCCUCUUCAAAAGUACUGUAAUUCUGCAGUGUUUAACUGAUAGUCUCAAUGAAUGUUCAGGUGUGCUUAAACCAUUUGAAUUCCUGGUAGCUAUUUUCUAAAAAUACUCAUUUACAAGUUGGCACAGAUGGCCAGAGACCACCAUGAAAUGUGUAGUUCAUGCUGAUGCAUCAACCCAACAUGUAGGAAAGAAUGUCACAUUUCUGCUUUUGGUGUGAGUGAAACUGAGUCUCUACUUGAAAACACUGGGCAAUGAAUUACA